AUGAGCGGUACCAACACCUCGUUCUUCUCGUUCGGGCUUGACGACAGCUUCAUAUCCAAGAGCUUUGCGGGUCUCAACUACCGCAAUCUCCCUGCCAGCCUCCAAGAUCUCCUUCUCGGCAGGACAGUAUCCGAGGUUCAUUGGGCAGCUCUAGGGCCAGCGCCCGACUCCUGGAUUCUCAGUUCCAAAGACUCGUCAGGAAAGGACAGUCUACGUUGGGGCCCUGCUAUACCCGCAAGGCUUCAGAGCAUCUUAAACAAGACAUGGCACUCUCCGCACUUGCGUGCCUUCCUGGGACCAGACGAUUCCUUCAUCAUAUGGCAUCCUGAGCUCAUUCGUUGGGCAAAUUUACCGACACCCCUGGAGGAUGCAUUGCAGUCAUGGUUGACACCUUCGGGAUGGCGGUGCGGGCCACCGCGCAUUGUGACCUGGGGUCCUGAAGGCGCGUUCUUCGCCAUGAGCGAGUACGGCGACGUCGUGUACCGCCUAGGAGAUGCGAACGCCUGGGAAAUCUACAAAGAGACGGUGGAGGAAUGGAAGGCAGAAAAGGGCUUCGUUUGGACCGAUCUCGCUUUCAUUACUCUAGAUCCUACAAGUGUUGAUCAAUUCAUCGCCAUCCGAAACGACGGGACAUGGGCCGGCUCUAUCGACGAUAUCAACGAAGAAGCUUUAGAGACCUUCGCACUCAAUUUCUUUGCUCGGGCAAAGAAGAAGACGAAACCCAGCACAUCCCAAUCUAAUGGGCAAAUGCCGAAUGGUGCAACCAACUCCACGGAAGCGAAACCGGACGCCGCGACGCAAGUACUCUACGAAAAAUGGUCUACAGAGGCGGCAGUAAUGUUCGCGGCCGCCUCAGCAGCAGCCGGAGGCGCAAAGCCGAAAGCCCCACGGAAACUACAAGUCCGCUCCCAAUCAAGCAGUUCAGACGUUGCUCGGCCACCGCUACAGCGCAUGCCAUCCGCAUCACCCAAGUUGCUUUCAAUGUUUCCCUAUCUGCCCAAUACAGUCACAACUUGCAACCUUACGGCGUGUUCGAUACUCAAGUCUGAGCCAGAGAGUAUACACGCCUGCCAGCAUGACGUGGAAAAGCUACUCCGGGCAAGCGGCCUGUAUAGCUACGAAUGGUUGAGGCAAGAGCGUUUACGAUGGCAUCCCGACAGAUUCGCACGACUAUGUGAGGAGGAAUGGAGGGAGACGGGGAAGAAGCUUGCGGGCGAAAUGUUCAAACUUAUGAGCGUGUUGAUAGAAGAUCUGAAAUCGCGUACAGGCGAAGGCAGUUGA